AUGGAAUUAUUGGAAGAUCAAUACCCUAGCGACAACGAAAGCGAAGAAGAAGUUACAACAUAUACAAGAAUUGAUCUACCAGCAUUACCAAGUGCUUUGCUUGACAAAUUCCACGUUUCGCCAAAUAUCGAGAAAUUUACGCAACAACAACCACACCGGCCGCAAAUGAACCAUCUUUUUACCAGAGUACCGGCGACGACACAGGGUGUCAAAUGGACUAGUUUCGCGUUUAUAGAAAUGCGUCCAACACUGCAGCAACGCCAAAUCCUCGAUAAAGUGACCUGCCAGAUAGCGGGGCAAAUGCAACGACACGGACUGUCGUUCCAGCCUCUGCACAUGAGCGAUCUGGGCUCACCGUUGCCGCUGCACGUCUCGCUUAGCGGAAAUCUUGAGUUUGGCUCCGCAGCUGAGGUCGACGCGUUUGAGCAUAUGUUGCGAAUCGAAGUUUUGCAGCAAAUGGCGGGCCCAUUCCAAGUCGAUUUCGAGCCUUCUUUGAAAGUUUACGAAAACGUCGGUCGCAACGCCUUGUUUCUGGCAUUGGGCGUCAAGUCAGAGCAGAAAAACGGGGUUUUGCGACAGCUGUGGCAAGCCGUGCAUGAGUCGUUUGAUUUUUGUCGUCGCAACGAUCCUGCUGGGGACAACAGUGUCAGCACGCACGAAAGCGAUAUCUCGAGCCGUAGCCAACAAUCCUCGGGUCAUGAACGCUCCCACGUGUCCAUUGCCAGAGCUUUUUCUUUCCAAGGUCCCGUUUUCGAUCCAAACGCAUCUACCUCUGUUCGCCAAAUCGACGAGCUCAACCGGGUUCUGGAAGCCACUCCAAUUGACCCCACACUCCUUCAAGCCCUGACCUUCGAGUGCACUGGCAUCAAGAUCACCAAACAAAGAUCAAACGUAUGGAUUGGCUUUCCCGAGAACACUUAG